GCGGCAAAGCAAUAGACUUUAACAUCUAAGAAACUUGAUAUUACAAACAUACAUCAAUGAACAAAAUAUAGCAGUCUAAAAUAGCUGUUUUAUUCCUUGGAUGCUCUUUCACUGAAAGAAAAGGAAACAGUUUUCGAGGCAGAUUUAAUUAGGUGUCCAUCCCUCGUGCCUCAAAUGCCUUUUCAUUGAAAGUAAAAGAAGUUUCCGAGGGGGAGAAGAAAGAUCCAUCCUUCUCUAAACUAGUUUUCUUUAUCAAAUUCCAUAGUUGUUUUUCCUAAUGUUCUCAAACUUCCGAUGGUCACUACAACUUACAUUCCUGCCACAGGUUGCAGAGAGGAAAACUUCCUGUUUCAGUGUUAGUCAGUUGACUUACAACAAAUUAAUAGGCUGGCUUUAUUUUCUUAUACUUAACUAACAUGCAGGUGGAAGUAAACAUGAGAGAGACAGGUAAUUGUGAUGUGAACAUGUUAGAGACAUUAUCAUUUCAAGAAAGCUGCCACCAGAAGCUCACAAGAAAAAAAAAAAAAAAGAGAGAGAGAGAAAGUUAUAUGUUGUUUCUAGCAACUAGCUCAAUGAAAAUAAUUUGAAGCCAGGUCAAUGAAACUCAUAUGUAAUCCCCUACUGAACUCAAAUAAAAAACUCACUCUUAAAAAUUCCAAUAUUGACUUGUUGAACAAGUCUUUCUCUUUCUCAUAUUAUUUCCCUCUAAUGUUAUGUGCAAGACCAAACCCUUAUUGACCAGAUAAACGGUUUAACACUAUUGGUUGUUGGAACUUAGAUAUAAACAAGGAACCUGAAAGAGUGACCUAGACAAUGACACGUGCAAGACCUAACCCUGAUUGACCAGAUAAACAGUUAGCACUUUUGUUUUUUUCCAUUUGUUGGAACUUAGAUAUAAACAAGGAACCUGAAAAAGUGACCUAGACAAUGACCAUUACUACUAUAAAAAUUGUUUACAUUACAUAUUAGUCCAUCGGAGUAGUUAAAUCUUAUCUACAGAACUACCUCAGAAGUCCUUGAUACUACAGAACUACCUCAGAAGUCCUUGAUACAUAAAUUAAAAAUAGAGGUCAGAUAACAAUCCUUGUUUGAAUCCUUCAUCCAAUCACCUCUAAGGACAAGCCAAAAAUAGAGGUCAGAUAACAAUUUGUUUGAAUCCUUCAUCCAAUCAUCUCUAAGGACAUUAUAUAGAGCACAUUAAACACCACAUUAUCAUCUUCCUAACCAAUACUCAGCCUCACCCCUUUUGAUUAUCCCUUUUACCAGCCUGAGCAGUUUAUGAAGAAUUAAUCAAUGGCCGUUCCUAUACUUAAGAUGGUAUUGCUCUUAAAUGGACAUGAGCACAAUACCUUCCUACACAGACAUCAUGUUCCAAGUCUAUUCGUAGGCCAAUCAAGAAGAGGAAGCAUGAAAAUAAACCAAAUAAAUAAUAGUGCGUCAGCUGGAAAUGAGUCUCAGCCUCUUCUCUCAGAAAUUGGAACAGAGAGAGUAAAAGAACUUCAAGAAAUUAAGACAGCAGAAGAGCCUGAGAUAAAAUUAGCAGACACUUGGAGAAAGAUACAUGGUGAGGAUGAUUGGGUUGGUAUGCUUGAUCCCUUUCAUCCCCUCCUACGAUCUGAGCUUACUCGCUAUGGAGAAAUGGCUCAAGCUUGUUAUGAUGCAUUUGAUUUUGAUCCAUUCUCCAUCUAUUGUGGCAGUUGUAAAUUUAGUCCUGGCAAGUUUUUCCAGUCUCUUGGCUUGACACAACAUGGAUAUGAAGUGACCUGCUACCUCCAUGCCACAUGCAAUAUCAACUUCCCCAGCUUCUUCAAAAGAUCAUUAAGGUCUGAGAAAUGGAGUCAAGCAGCAAAUUGGAUUGGUUUUGUUGCAGUGUCAAAUGACGAAACAUCAGCACAUCUAGGAAGGAGGGACAUAACAAUUGCCUGGCGAGGCACAGUAACAAGACUGGAAUGGCUAGCUGAUUUUAUGUACUUUCUAAGGCCAAUUAAAGUACGCAUGAUCCCAUGCCCUGAUCCAAGAGUCGAAGUUGAGACUGGAUUUCUUCAUUUGUACACAGACAGGAAUAGAAAUUGCCCAUUUAGCAAGUACUCAGCAAGAGAGCAAGUUCUAACAGAGGUCAAGAGACUAAUGCAGCAGCACAAAGGUGAGAAAUUGAGCAUAACAAUCACAGGUCACAGUCUAGGGAGCGCACUAGCAAUAUUAAAUGCUUAUGAUAUAGCAGAGACAGGAGUAGAAAUCAUGGAUGAUGGGCAGGCAGCCCCUAUAUGCGUUUUCUCAUUCUCAGGGCCACGAGUUGGGAAUAUCAGGUUUAAGGAGCGAAUUGAUAAGCUUGGAGUGAAGGUGCUGAGAGUGAGGAACGUUCAUGACCAGGUGCCUUUGGCACCUGGGAUAUUUUUCAAUGAACGUGUACCAUCCACACUACAAAAGCUAGCAGAAAGGUUUUCAUGGUGGUAUUCACAUGUUGGAGUGGAACUUGCUUUGAACCACAAAGACUCCCCCUUCUUGAAAGAGACAAAUGAUCUAGCAUGCUUCCAUAACUUGGAAGCACACCUUCAUUUAAUUGACGGGUACCAUGGGAAGGGAAGAAAGUUUGUUCUUGCCAAUGGAAGGGACAUUGCAUUGGUGAACAAGGCAACUGACUUCUUGAAGGACCAUUACCUAGUCCCUCCAAACUGGUGGCAAAGAGAGAACAAAGGACUUGUUCAAAACCACAAGGGUCAUUGGAUUCAGCUUGAACGGCAAGAUCUUGAGGAUCAUCUAAAGAAAUACGCCCCUACUUCUAGACAUUGGGAAUAACUGGAGAGAAGUAAUACAGUACUCACUCAGAAGGCAGCAAAGCUUGUUGAUUGAAGCAAUGACAGCUCUUGCCCUCUUAUAAUUGAUAGGAGAUAUUGGAUGUUAGACUGAACAAUACAAUAACAACACAAGUUGCUAGUGUUGGAUAUCUAAACUAGAAGGUAAGUUGGUUGCUUAGUGAAAUUAUUGAAUAAAGCCAUUAGGUCGAUUGUUGCGAACUAUUUCUUCCUUAGGAUUACUGUUCUAAUGCAUGUAAAAUGCUCAACAAUAAAGUCACAUCGUUAGCAACUAUAUACACUGUUUUGUAUGGGAAUAGAUUACAAAUAUUGAAACUAGACAUUAAAGAGUUCAACUAGAAAGUUAAGAAAACUUCUUGAAGUAAAUCAUAAAGCAAUCCAAGCAUAUGACAGAGCACAGAAGAAGUUAAAGCAAUUUGCGAUUAUUAAGAGGCUACAAAUUGGCUUGGAUGAACAAGCAGGACUUCACAUUUUGAUUUUGAGGCAGAGAAAAGUUAUAUGAUUAUACUGCUCAGAAGAUAGCAAAGACUAAAAAG